AUGACGAUGUUACAAAAAGCUAUCGAAAUCGUCACAAAAGCAACCGAAGAAGAUGAAGGAGGAAACUACGCUAAGGCUUUCCAACUAUAUCAAAAUGGCGUCGAGCACUUUCUUCAUGCAAUCAAGUACGAAGCUCAAUCUGAAAAAGCGAAAGAGACGAUUCGCGCAAAAUGCGAAGAGUAUUUGGAACGGGCCGAGAAACUCAAAAAUAUUGUCAACAAAGAAGAAGAAAACUCGAAAAACUAG